AUGGGAGCGAUGGAAGCAGGAGAGUGGCUUGGUCCAAAUUGUUUCUUAGAAAGAUACCAUGUUGGCAGUUCUGAAGAAGAGGCUUGAGUGAGGGAAGACUCGUGGUGAAGAGACCAGUUAGGAAGCGGAUAAAUUGGGUACGAAUCAACCUGUGGUUCGAGAAGAGGAGAUGAAGGCUGCUUUCCGAAGUACUUCUGAGGCUCUAGCCUAUGUGGCCUUUACGCUGCGCUGCGCUUUUCAAGCUUUACGUCCCAGUGUCUCCCACAAUGGUGGCCCGAGGCAGCAGGGAUGACAGCUCUCCCCAGGAACCCUGGCACCUGAGAAACAUGAUCAGCAAGUCCCGCUGGAAGCUCCUGGCCAUGCUGGCUCUGGUCCUGGUCGUCAUGGUGUGGUAUUCCAUCUCCCGAGAAGACAGGUACACUGAGCUUUUUUAUUUUCCCAUCCCAGGGAAGAAGGAGCCAUGCCUCCAGGGUGAGGCAGAGAGGAUGGCUUCCAAGCUCUUUGGCAACUACUCCCGAGAACAGCCCGUCUUCCUGCAGCUUAAGGAUUAUUUCUGGGUCAAGACGCCAUCUGCCUACGAGUUGCCCUACGGGACCAAGGGGAGUGAAGACCUGCUCCUCCGGGUGCUAGCCAUCACCAGCUACUCCAUUCCAGAGAGCAUCCAGAGCCUCAAGUGCCGCCGCUGUGUGGUCGUGGGGAACGGGCAUCGGCUGCGCAACAGCUCGCUGGGAGAGGCCAUCAACAAGUACGACAUGGUCAUCAGGUUAAACAGCGCCCCGGUGGCUGGCUACGAGCAGGACGUGGGCUCCAAGACUACCAUGCGUCUCUUCUACCCUGAAUCCGCCCACUUCAACCCCAAAGUGGAGGACAACCCAGACACACUCCUCGUCAUGGUAGCUUUCAAGGCCAUGGACUUCCACUGGAUUGAGAGCAUCCUGAGCGACAAGAAGCGAGUGCGAAAGGGCUUCUGGAAACAGCCUCCCCUCAUCUGGGACGUCGACCCCAAACAGAUUCGGGUUCUCAACCCCUUCUUCAUGGAGAUUGCAGCUGACAAACUGCUGAGCCUGCCCAUACAGCAGCCACACAAGAUUAAGCAGAAGCCUACCACGGGGCUGUUGGCCAUCACCCUGGCCCUCCACCUCUGUGACCUGGUGCAUAUUGCUGGCUUCGGCUACCCAGAUGCCCACCACAAGAAGCAGUCCAUUCACUACUAUGAGUAUAUCACGCUCAAGUCCAUGGUGUGGUCAGGCCACAAUGUCUCCCAAGAGGCCCUGGCCAUCAAGCGGAUGCUGGAGAUCGGAGCGGUCAAGAACCUCACUUACUUCUGACUUGGGCAGGAGCCGUACCCGUCCGUCUGCUCACCCGGCUGAGCGGCCCCCACCCACGGCUAUGGGGGUGCCUGGUACCAGCAUGACCCGCUUGGACUCACCCUCCCCUGUGUGGGGAGGAGGCCAGGUCUGAGGCGAGGCCGUGCCCCUGGCUGCUCUGGUAGAGGCCAGAUCGAGUCAAGGUGGAGGCCCUGGGGCAGCAGGAGCCCGGUCAAGGUGCAGAGUCUUGUUGCCAUGGCAUCCCCUCUCUGUGCCAGGAGAUUAUUUAAUGGGCUAUUUAAUUAAGGGGUAGGAACGUGCUGUGGGCUGGCCCCAUGGCAUCCAGAAAAGGGGGCAUAUUACAGUGUUCUGCUCACUUUUUACACAAACAAAAGUGAUGGACCCACUACAGCCUAAACCCAGAGAAGUCCUCCCAGGAGGGUAAGGCAUCUGGAGUGGGCGGUGCCCAGAGUGGGUGGUGCCCUCCAGAGAAGGGCUGCUCCCUCCCAGCAGGCAUGGGAAGAGCACUGGCACAGGGGUUCCAUGGAGGAGGGGACCUAAAAGGGGUUUCAGACAUUAAACUAUUUUUCCUAAAACAGAA